UUUUAGUUCAGCAACAACAGUCUUGGACAUAACAAAAAAUACAUUUCUUCUUUUCUUUUUUGUGGUACAGGCUGCGCAUUUGUAUAUACCGUCCGUACCAUGGUAGUCUGCCCAAUUUGCAACCGAAGCGUCAAAGGCACCGAAAUCAACGACCAUAUCGACUCGGGCUGCCGGACAUUUCUUCUCGACGAGUCCGAGGAGCCGACCGCAUCCUCUCCGCCGGGCGGGGCACAGAGCUACUCCGCGAGCCAGCCCCCGAGCUCGACUCAAAAGAAGCGAUCCGCAUCAACCUUCUUUCAGCCGCCCGCUGCGAAGCGACAGCUCACAAACGCGAGGCCCUCGGCACCGCUGCAAUGGGGUAGCAAUGGGACCAAGGCCGGAACUAAGCGGAGCUAUGAUGAAGGGCCGGGCUGCGACGGAUCGCCAACCGACUUACCGAACGGCGCCCAGAACAGCGGCGUUGGCGACGAUGGAAACAAGGAUGGAUCGACGGCAUCGGUAGCAGACCCGCGGCCGCCCGACGGCGCAACCGGAUCGAGCGGCCCGCUGACGAAGCGAUCCAAGAAUACUCGCACCGCGCCGCUCGCCGAGCGCAUGCGGCCGGACACCCUGGAUGACAUUUUCGGGCAGGACCUGGUCGGCCCCAACGGGGUACUGCGCGCGCUGAUCGAGUCGGACCGCGUCCCGAGCAUGAUUCUCUGGGGUGGGUCGGGCACCGGCAAGACGACCAUCGCCCGGUGCAUUGCGCGCCGCGUGGGCAGUCGUUUCAUCGAGCUGAACGCGACCAGCACGGGGGUGGCAGAGUGCAAGAAGCUCUUUGCCGAAGCGGCCAACGAGCUGGCCUUGACGGGGCGGAAGACCAUCAUCUUCUGCGACGAGAUCCACCGGUUCAACAAGGGGCAACAGGAUGUGUUCCUGAAGCCGGUCGAGGCAGGGACCAUCACGCUGAUAGGGGCGACGACCGAGAAUCCCAGCUUCCGCGUCCAGGCGGCCCUCCUCAGCCGCUGCAGGACGUUCACCCUCCAGCCCCUGACCGAGGACGACCUCCAGCGCAUCCUCGUGCGGGCCCUCGAGCAGGAGGCCGAGCAGGGAGGCAUCGAGAUCUCCCCGCUGAUCGACGAGGAGCUCCUCCGCUACCUCUCGGCCUUUGCCGACGGCGACGCCCGCACCGCCCUCAACCUGCUCGAGAUGGCCCUCUCCCUGACCAACCGGCCGCCGGACCCGGACAACCCGGAGCCGCUGACCAAGGAGUCGAUCAAGGCGGCCCUCACCAAGACGCUCGUCUACGACCGGGCGGGCGACCAGCACUACGACACCAUCUCGGCCUUCCACAAGUCCGUGCGCGGCUCGGACCCGGACGCGGCGCUGUACUACCUGGCGCGGAUGCUGCAGUCGGGCGAGGACCCGCUGUUCGUGGCGCGGCGCAUGGUCGUGAUCGCGUCCGAGGACGUCGGGCUGGCCGACAACUCGAUGCUGCCCCUGGCCACGGCGACCUACACGGCGACGCAGCAGAUCGGCAUGCCCGAGGCGCGCAUCCCGCUCGCCCACUGCGCCGUCGCCCUCGCGCUCGCCCCCAAGAGCACGCGCGCCUACCGGGGGCUCAACAACGCCCUCUCGGCCCUGCAGGAGCCCGGCGUCGCCGCCCUGCCCGUCCCCGUCCACCUGCGCAACGCCCCGACCCGCCUGAUGCGCGAGAUGGGUUACGGCAAGGAGUACAAGUACCCGCCCAACUACCGCGACGGCCGCGUCAAGCAGGACUACUUGCCCGACCGCCUGCUCGGCCGCCGCUUCCUCGAGGACAGGGACCUCGGCACCGAGGUGGAUCCCGAUGUCGAGAUGGAGGAGGCCGCCGGAUAGUAAUUAGGGCAGGGGAGGUGAUGCUAGCGUGGCGAGAAGAAGAAGAAGAAGACGAAGAAAAGCUUGGAUUAGCGACAGCGUCGUUAUGUAAUUUUUUGGAAGAAAUCAAUGCAAGGGAAGUCGAGAGAAGCCGAUCGUCUUGCUUCUUGUCCCUAAAAAGAUGCAUAAAUCACCGGUUUGACCGAAACGGGGAAUUGACUUGUACGAUAUUCGUCUGGAUGGAUGAAUGGUUGGAUGGGUGCAGCAACCAUUCACACACUGUUCAAGCCGGCGUCGCGGUCUAACGGGGGAGAAACAAAAAAAAAG